CGCAGGUGUGCGCGGAGGCAGCGGGUCUGUUCGGUUCUGGUGCGGGGCUAUGCAGCAUGGCCGAGCCGCCCGGCGCUCCGCACCGCACCACUGGCUCCACAUUGCUGCACCCGCUGAGCGGGCUGCUGGGCAUCCCACUGGACCAGAUCAAUUUUGUAGCCUGUCAACUCUUUGCUCUUCUGGCUGCAUUUUGGUUUCGUAUUUAUUUGGGUCCCAGUCAUGCCAGCUCUGCUGUUCGCCAUGCGUUUGCCACCCUCUUUGGAAUAUACUUUGCUGUCUUCUGCUUUGGGUGGUAUUCCAUUCAUCUUUUUGUCCUGGUGAUGAUGAACUAUGGCAUUAUGAAUAUGGCAAGUAUUCCCAACAUCCACAGGUACUCCUUUGUUGUAGCUAUGGGAUACCUCACGUUGUGCCACAUAAGCCGAAUAUACAUAUUUCAUUACGGUAUUCUCACUACAGAUUUUUCCGGUCCUCUGAUGAUAAUUACACAGAAGAUCACAACACUUGCAUGCCAGUUACACGAUGGAAUAGGGCGACAAGCUGAGGAACUCACCGCUGAGCAGAAUCGCCUUGCUGUAAAGUCAAGACCUUCUUUACUGGAGUAUUUAAGCUAUCUCCUCAAUUUUAUGAGCAUCAUAGCUGGGCCUUGCAGCAAUUACAAGGAUUAUAUAGCCUUCAUUGAAGGGAGGCAUGUGCACAUGAAACUGUUAGAAGUGAACUGGAAGCAGAAGGGUUAUGACAGACUUCCUGAUCCUUCUCCAACUGGAGCAGUGAUGUACAAGCUGUGUAUCACACUAGUAUCUCUCAUUUUAUUCUUGACACUUACCAAGAGCUUUCCUAUGGCAUAUAUUAUUGAUAACGAAUUUCUUGAUAAAACACCCUUCUUGUCAAGACUUGGUUACCUGUAUGUUGUAGCACAGGCAGCAAAACCAAAGUAUUACUUUGCAUGGACAUUAGCAGAUGCAGUCAACAAUGCAGCUGGUUAUGGAUUCAGUGGAGUUGAUGAAAGAGGCACUUUCCACUGGGACCUGUUGUCCAAUUUGAAUAUCUGGAACAUUGAGACUGCAACAAGUUUUAAAAUGUACAUUGAAAACUGGAACAUUCAGACAGCUGCCUGGCUAAAACGCGUCUGCUAUGACAGAGCUCCCUGGUACCCUACAGCUUUAACAUUUAUCCUGUCGGCCCUGUGGCAUGGUAUCUAUCCUGGGUAUUAUUUUACGUUUCUCACUGGAAUCCUUAUCACACUUGCAGCCAGAGCAAUAAGAAACAAUUUUAGACAUUACUUUCUAUCUUCAGUGCCUCUCAAGAUAGCCUACGAUGUUAUCACCUGGGUUGUCACUCAACUGGCAGUGUGCUAUACUGUUGCACCAUUUGUUAUGCUGGCUGUUGAACCCACUAUUAAGUUUUACAAGUCUAUGUAUUUCCACAUGCACAUUCUAAGCAUCUUGGUUUUGCUCUUGCUGCCAAUCAGACCUCAAGCUCACUCCAUAAGAAAGGCUCAGAAUGAGGCCAUGCUGAACUCUGUUAAAAGAAAAGACAAAUGAUGACUACAAGGAAAAUUGCCAACACUGGGAAAUCAAGCUGUCAUAUUGGAAACAAAGAAAGAAGAAAACUGGGUGGGAUGAGGGUCAAACUACAAGACAAGUGGCAUUUCUAUUGCUUAUCUUAAAAUCUUACUGGACAGGGCAGAAAAGAGCCUGAAUGACUAUAUUUCAGAUUAUUUCAGUUAACAGAGAUUUUGCAGGCAAUGUUUACAGGCUCCUUGGGCAUUUUGACUUUUUUAAUAAAUAUUUUUAUGAAGUGUUUUUAUAUAUUUAAGCUUUUUCAGAGGCAUUUUUGCUCUUUUACAGAAAUAUGCAACUAUUAAUCAAUAAAUAAUCUUGUGAUUAGAGGACAGGAAGCAGCUUGUAAAGAGUUAGACCAGCUGCCUGAUAGCCUGGUGCUGUGGGCAGCUGGCAGGGGAAGCUUUUCAUCUUUUGGCUAUAGAAAGAGAUAGUGCAAGUAGAAAACUACAGACAUGGGGUUGCUCAAGGUGCUGGCACUGACUUUGGCCCUGGCAGGGAGAAGGGGGAACAGGGCUUUCCUAGGCAAUCUCCAGAGCAGGGACUGCAGCCUGAGCUUGGUAGCAAGAGUAUUUCACGUCCUUCAGUGUGACACCUGCUGGCAAUGAAGGUGAGACAAGUCCCUUGGGGAAUAGGUAUUGGGAAACACUUGCAACUGGCAAAGCCAAAAUCUAAAACCAAAUAAAAGUAAAACAAAGGCAUGGGGAAACCCAGCCUAGAGUGAAAUAAGUGAUAUUUGCCCUGUGGUCUGUAGAGUUGUACUUAUCUAAUGACACAGCUGAUGCUUGUUGCUACAUCAGCUUUACUUUGUAGUUUCAGCAUGAUGCAGCACUUCCAUUUUAGUAUCAAAAUAACUGGGGAGUCAUGCAGGUUUAGUGUUUUAAGGCUUGCAGUUAUGGGUUAAAUCUGGAGAAGGUUUUUAAUGGAUCAGACUGUUCUACUCAGAAACUUCCAGUCUCAUGGAGUGGUUACUUUGCAGGAGGAUGACACAAAUCUGAAACCUGAACAGUAAUUAUCAUAAUCAUAAUAAGUCAUCCUCUGCAAAAUAUGUGUUGUGAUAUGAGCAUCACAAGAGUCUAGACCAAGUCCUUAUAUGAUCUUGACAUGUGGCUUGGCCUGUUUAUGCAAGUUGCCCUGCUUGUAAAGUCCUUGGCUUACAGAGAUAUUUUGCGACUUUAAUUUCUAAGAGCUUAUUUGUGCAUUGAGAUAACCUGUAAAAUGCUGUGUCAGGGGGGUUUAAUUUUUUUGAAACCCACUUACCCCAAUAGAACAAGCUAUUGUGACACAUCAAAACCAACUAAGACAUUUUUUAAAUGACUGAGGAAUGUGUUUGUUAGGAUUUUGUAGAAGCAAUUCUCAUGUUAAAGUAUUGGUGUAACCACUGCUUUAUGGUCAUUUAAUUGAUGUGUGAAUCCACAAAGAAUCUGCUGUUUACUACAUUCUGAUUUUUGUGUCGGAUUAAAAUUUAGCAGAAUCCUAAUGUUUUGGGAAGAAACAAAUCAGUGAAACCAAAACAAGUUCCAUAAAAAAGGUUGAUUUUUUUUUUUUUUUCCUGAGGGAAUAUUUUAUCCUGUGACCACCUCAGAACGUAGAGCACAGUUCAUGGCAGGGUAUAUUUGGCAAUAUAUUUUGAGGGCAAUGUGGGAUUAAAAGGUUGAUCUGAAUAAACAA